GAGAUCAAGGAGCAGGGCCGGUGGAUCAGAGCCCAGCGUCCGAAUCUACGCGGCGUUCUCACCGCCCGAAGAGUCCAUGGCCAGCGUGGGCAGCGUGGAGUCGCGCAGCAGGUCCGCGAGGCGGCCCAGAAGCUGGCCCUCUACUUCCUGGAGGGAGGCUUCGGCGAGCGGCAGCGAACGCGCCGCCCGCGGGCCUGGGGGGGGGCGGCGUGCGCGGCGCCCGCGAGGAGGUCCAGGAGGUGCGUCCGUUGGCGAGGGCCCGAGCGCCGAGGAGAGUGGCGUCGCCAGCAUCAGCGCCGCGGCCGCCGACGCAGGCGCUGGCAGCGCGACCGCAGCAGCUAGGUCCGGAGCUGGCCGCGGCUGUGAAAGGUGCCGGCGGACCCUGGGCCCCCAGUACCGCCGCCAGCCCAGAGGAGGCUUCGGCGGCGGCUGGGGCGCCGGGACGUGGCCGCGGGCGCGGCGGUGAAAGCGCAGCCGCUGUGGCCCCUGGUGGCAGCGCCCGCGGCGUGGCUGCCGCGCGGCGCCUGCGUUCGCCGAGGACUCCGCCAUCCGCUCGCUGUCGCGCGCUGUUUUUGGCGGGGGGCGCGCGACCUGGGGUGCUUAUCGACGCCUGCUUCCUCGGGGCGCCGUUUGGCCGCUUCGGGGCCACCGUCGGCGAGGUCGCGGAGGUGUCGGUCUCGUCUGGCAACGUCUUGAAUGGAGGUUUGUCGGCGGUGGCUACCGCCGCGCGGGGGGGUCCGACGUCGCUUCGAAGUCUUCCCAGCGCUCGGCGAGCCUGCUCGACGAGGUCUGGCUCGGCGUUGGCCUCGCCAACCUGCUGGUGGGCCAGUGGCGCGCGGGCGGAGCGCAGACGACCCAGAGGCGUUGCCGGAGUGGUUCGAGAUGGAGUUCCGGAGUUCCUG